UUAAAUUGUUAGUGAAUUGCUGAAAAAAUGUGGCAGUAAGAAAAUAUGCUGAGUCAUUUGGGUGCCGUGGCCCUUCUGCUGCUGCUGUGUGGCACCAGACGCUCUGUUGACGCAGCCGAAGAAGUGACGGUGUACCAGUUCCAGGAGAACGACAGUCCCUCGGACAGCUACGUCUCCCUGAACCAGGAUCUCGAACCGCGGUUCUCAGCCACACGCUCACUCAGCGUGUGCUCACGCGUGCGGUUCUUCUCAUUAUGGGAGCACUCACGCUACAUUCAGCUCACUCACAUGCCUUCUAAUGAGCACACGCUGCAGAUAGACGUAGACGUGCGGCGCAUCAAAGUAACGCUGGGAGGUAUGCGUCGUUACCACACACUGAGUCACAGCCUGCAGGCACUAACCUGGCACCAUCUGUGCGUGACGCUCGACCAUCUGAGCGGACGGUCGGUCUCCUACCUGAACGGCGUCCCGCAGGACCGCCAUCUGGCCGAAACCGUCCCGAAGGUCUAUGGAUCCAGGAUCAAGAUCGGGGCCGGGGACGCUGCGAGUAACUUUCAUGGGGAACUCACGCAGGUCAACAUCUGGAACAGGACUUUAUCAGAUGAAGAGAUCGCCUCUUUGUCGUCGUGCAACUCUGACCAAGAAGGAGACUUGAUCGCUUGGUCGAGCGACUGGAUAAGCCACGGCAAGGUUACUGCAUCAAGAGCAUCUUCUAAUUUCUUUUGCAAGACUGUCUUUGACCCGAAAUUCUAUUUGUUUCAUCCGAUGAGGCUAUACCACGGCUUCACUUUGUGCGAAGGCUUAGGAGGACAUCUUCCGACACCUGAGAACAGCUCCAGCCUCAGCACGUAUCAGAAAGCGGUCCUGGAUCUAUCAGUUGGCCAGAGCCUCCAAUGUGAAGGAUACUGGAUAGGAGCCACGGACGAAAAAGAUGAAGGCUACUGGACGAGGAUGACGGACAAUAAAGUGAUCACACCUCAAUGGAAGCUUAAUGAACCUGAUGGAGGAACCGUUCAGAAUUGCGCGCUAGGUACUUUAGAAACAGACUUAGCGGUUAAAGAUAUUCCUUGUGAUGGGAAGCAGUGCGUGUUGUGUGUUGUGCCAAAGCUCCCCUUCUGGUCCCUUCUAGGAGCUUGCCAAAUACACGACAGAAACAGACUCUUUGCUCCUGUUCAACGGACUGCAGGUGAACUCGUUUUCGAAGGUUAUUCAUUUUACAGCAUUGAAAAACGAAACAACACGUGGCAUUGGCUUGAAAAAACUGCAGCAAGCGAGAAUCUAACUAUUGCAAAAUUAAUCUCCGGGUCUAGCAUCAAAAAGUCGUGGCCGAUCGGGCGGCAUUCAUGGCAGUUUGAAAUGUCCGUAUGCGAUGAAGAGCCUGGUGAAAUACGCACCCUGUUGCUGUCCCCUUGCCGCGACGGCCAUUUCACCUGCGAUGACGCCACUUGCAUACCCCUUUUCCAAAGAUGUGACCUCAAACCUGACUGCAGGGACGGUAGCGAUGAAAAGGACUGCCGUUUGGUUCAGUUUCCAGUGACCUACAGGUCGGACAUCCCCCCUGCAGCGUUAGGGACAGAAAACCCCUUGCAGGUCGCGCUACAGGUGACCAUAGAGAGUGCUGAUAUCAACACGGCGUCCAUGAUGAUGCAUGUCAACUACAACCUCACCAUGACUUGGAGUGAUCAGAGGCUGGAGUUCCUCAACCUCAACGAAGACAGAACCCUGAACAGAGUGAAGCAGGAGACUGUGGAGAAGGUCUGGGUGCCUGUGGUGGACUUCACCAACACUAAAGGCAACCACUACACCUUGGCAGACCACGAGUCUACCAUGAUGGUCAACAUGCAGAGUCUGCCUUACAUGGGCGACGACUCUCACGCCGAAGAAGGCAAGUGCUACCCAUUCGAUAAGCAGGGCUGCGAGAUGGAGCUGACGAUGUUGUCGGCGUCGUCACGCAUGCUUCAGUUCGACGAGGUGGCGACCGCAGCGACGUUUUCAGGCAACCGGCACCUCAUCGAGUACACUGUCGGCGACGUGCAGCUGCACUUCCAGAAUGAUAAGGACUUCGCGGUGCUCAUUGUUGAGGUUGAGCUUGCCAGGCGUGCCGGGUUCAUUCUUAUGAACGUGUACAUCCCUUCGAUGUGCCUCUUGGUGAUCAGCUACUUAACCCUGUACUUCAAACCUGCCAUCUUCCAAGUCCGCAUGUUGGGGUCCCUUACAACCCUUCUGGUGAUGGCUACUCUCUUCACUCAGGCGUCUAGCCAGCUGCCAAAAUCCUCAUACUUUAAGCUGGUGGAUGUGUGGCUCUUAUCCAGCAUCCUAAUCAUCUUCACCAUCAUCGUGUUCCACGCCAUCAUCGACCGGCUUCAGGACACACCAAAACCUGCUAUUCCCAAGCACCCUCUAUCAGCCAUCAUCAUCAAGCCAGACUUGGGAGGUCACAACCGAACCUUCAAAUCAAAAACCGCCCACAAAGGAUCCCUUGUUUCUGUAAAACCUCCCUCCCGGUCCAGGUCCAGAGGCAGCCAAGUUUCCUCAGCUUUUUCCAGGAAUUCUUUAGAUGCCGCCCGAGGGUCAGUCCCAGGUUCUCCAGAACUGGAGGCUCAAGAACUCGUUACCACCUUCGCCCACCUCGGAGUGGACAACGGAAGCCCUUCGUCGUCCAAAACUCCCGAAGAAGUGGCACGAAAGCGACCAACCGGCACGGUGGGAUCGGAUCUAGUGGUACCCACAGAAAAUAUGUUGGGUCAAACCUACCGGGAACAGCAGACACCUAAGAACGGGGACUCUUUCGUUGAUAUGGAGAGAGGGAACCCUGAAACUGAGGAUUUGGAUGCCGAUGUCAGCAAAGCUAUUCUCCAGAGGGGCAUCGAAUGGAGGUUCUGGAAAUGGUCGUUCAAAGAAGUUGACAAAUGCAAGACCAUGAUAAUCACCUCGAGAAUAGUAGUAUUUUUAAUGGUACUUGUGUUCAACAUAGUCUAUUGGAGCGUAGCUUUGACCUCCGAAUAAGAAGUGGAAGCAGUAAAGUUUUGUCUUAAUCUGAAGUAAGAGGAUACAAGUGAUUUAAUGGUUAAGCUCAUGAAAUACGAUUCUUCGGUCAGUUUUGCGCACAUUCAGGCAUCUUAUAAUGUAACCGCAACCAUAUCACAUAUUUUUUAAAUAUAUUGUUCAGUAUUGAGUGAAUGAACAAUUUUUCCAUAAAUGACCAUUAAAAUACCUCGGCUUUAUACUUUUGAUGAAGAAGAUUAAGAUUUACCAUAUAUGCGUUAUGGGUGAUAAUAAUUUGUAAAUAAAUAUAGAUAUUUAUGGACUUAGCAGACCAAUUAGUAACUUGCUAACGAGUUAGUGCAUUUGUGGGACUAGAUAGUUCGAUGACGUAUACUGAACUAUUUUCAUCAUUCAUAUAUGUUCAUC